AUGGGUUUCUGGAGUAAAUAUCGAGUUCUUGGUGCAGGUAGCUACGGAACAGUACAUUUAGCAGCAAAGGUCGAUCCUCCUCUUUUAGUUUCUACUGCCGCCGUGAAGUCCGCCGUCUUUCCGUAUUCAAACUGGGUGAAGAAGGAGGGAGAAAUUCUGUUCGAAUUGAGAGGUUGUCGUGAAAUCGUCCAGUGUUUUGGGGAAGAUAUAAGUUUUGAAAACAAUAGAGAGGUCUAUAAUCUUCUCCUCGAAUAUGCAUCAGGUGGAUGUCUUACUGAUUUGAUCAUCAAAACUGGAGGAUAUAUGCCAGAAUCUGUCGUUGCGUGUUACAGUUAUAUGCUGCUUAAGGGUCUCUCUCACGUCCACGAGAAAGGGUUUGUUCAUUGUGACAUCAAACCCGCCAAUAUUCUUGUCUUUCCUAGCCAAGAUGGUUCUUCUUUACACAAUCUCAAGAUAGCAGAUUUUGGACAGGCCAAGAAAAUUGAAGAGGAGGUGAAAAUCUUGAAUCCUGGGCGAUCGACUCACAACAGAGGGGCACUGCUCUAUUCGUCUCCAGAAUCGAUAGCUUUGGGAAUUCACAAGCCAGUUACCGAUAUAUGGUCUCUUGGUUGCAUCAUAGUGGAGAUGAUCACAGGGAAACGCAUUUGGUCGACUACUCGGAGUGAUUCAGAAUUGUUUCAGCAGAUUGGAUUUGGUAAUCCAAUACCCGAAAAUAUUUCCGACACUGCGAAAGAUUUCUUGGACAAAUGCUUGGCCAAGAAACACGAACAGAGAUGGACGGCCGACAUGCUAUUGAGUCAUCCAUUUAUUGUCAAGAAUUUGGCAACGUUGCCUCCAAAUUUCGAAGAUCGAGUGAUGUUCUGUCAGACUAAUCCCUUUUCGACUGGUAUAUGGGCUUCUACAUUGAACCUGUUUACUACUCCACCUAAGUUUCAUCUUCCAUAUCCUCACCAACUUUGUGCAUUACCCCGGAAGAUUAAUCAGAAUGUUCGUGUUCGUUAUCUGUUACCUUAG